AUGGCUUGGUGGGACAGCUCUACACCCGGCUGGGUCUACAAUCUCAUGCCAACCUACGAACAAGAGAUCUACAGGUUCCGACUAGAACUCGAGGGUGAGAUUGAGAUACUGGCCAACCACCCGGGCCAUCAACACAUAAUCCUUGCGGAAAGUCACAAUGCUGGCGAAUGA